AGAUGAGUGAUCUCGAGGAGCUGGUUCCAUGGCAGAAAGGCCCUACCAAACGCGGUGGAUACGGGGUCAUCUACGCCUGCCUAGCAGUUGUUUCAAGUGUUGAAAUGUGGGUUAGGUUCAAGAAAAAAGUUGAGGUUCUUUUGGUAGAGCUUGAUAGAGGUAACUUUGCAAAGUAUAACGGUACCUUCCACUAAGCUGUAGGUGCUGUGGUUGUAGCGCUAUUCGUGGUUAAAGAU